AUUGGGUUUAUCCACCAAAUUGUAGAAAGGUCUCGGUCCAUCAUAAACUGCAUCAGGCCCAAAUACAGGAAGGAAUUUGGUGCCCAACACUGCACGACACCGUAUCAGUUUAAAUCAUUUGUUCUUGUUAGGGGAAAGAAAAUGAAGAAACUUCUCGAGAAUCAAGUGAAAAAUACAGCAGCUGAGAUCUGAGACACAAAGCAGAAGAAAUGAGCUUGGCAACGACGUCGUAUCUAGCUCGGCGUGCAGCACAGAAGGAGAGGGUUAGGAUCCUCUACAGGCGAGCGCUCAAGGACACUCUCAACUGGGCCGUGCAUCGCCAUCUCUUUUACCCUGACGCUGAUGCUCUCAGAGAGAAGUUUGAGGCCAACAGACAAGUGGAAGAUGUUGAACUUAUUGAUAGAAUGAUAUCUGCUGGUGAAGCAACCUACAACAAAUGGCGGCACCCUGAUCCUUACAUUGUUCCAUGGGCUCCCGGUGGCACCAAAUUUUGCCGCAACCCACCACCACCUCCAGGGAUUGAGAUAAUACAUGACUAUGGUCGUGAGGAAUACUGAACUACAACCACAACUCCGUGGAAAUAAAUAGAGAGAAGACAGAUAUCAACUAGUCUCAUGUUGUUCAACUUCUACCAAUUUAUGGACUGCUUUUUUCAGGUUGUAUCGUUGAUAUUUGUUUCAAUUUGAAGCUUUUGACUCUUAAUGAGUUGGGUUUGAGAAAACAGCCGAACUCCAGAAGCUUUAUGGUUAUUCAUGUUGUUCUAUGCAUUGUGGACUUCUUUUCCAUGUUGUGUCAGAUAUUUGUUUCAAUUUAAAAGCUUUUGACUCUUAAUGAGUUGGGUUGUGAAAACAGCCAAACUCCCGAAGCUUUAUGGUUAUUCAUGUUGUUCUAUGCAUCAUCUCAUUAUUCGUAUUGUUCUACUCAUCAUUUCAUUUU